AUGCUCUGCUUCGCGCUUUCCGCUAUUGCUCUCUGCUUUUCUGAACCUACUCUUCUUCUUGCGUUUCCUGUUGCUUGCCUUGUGCAGCUUUUGGGUGUCCCUGCCGCGUUCUCGUUUGCCUUUGGCUACGUUCUUUCCCACUUUUGGCCUUCUUUUGUUGCCUGUUGGUCCUCUCUUGUUGCCUUCUCCAUGAAGUGCUUUUCUGUUGCCUUCUUCAAGAAGUGCUGGGCUUUUGCCAACCCUCGUCCUAUGGACCGUUUACCUCAAGCAAACCCAACCUCAAACCUCAAGUCGCCCGAUAGCCCACCUUUGGCUGGCCUUGUUGUUACCUGUCUCUCGUCUCGUGCUGAUGGUCUUGAAACCCUCUCUGUUCACGCUGUUCGCUUUUCUCCUUCUUUCCGUCCUCCUGCUGGUGUUCCUUGUGUUCACGAUGGCAAGAAGGUUGUCUCUGGUUGCUGUGCUGGUCUUGGUGUUGCUCCUUCUCGUGCUCCUGCUCCUGCUGUUGGUGAUGUUGUUGUCUCUGCAGGUGACAAAGUUGUCCCUGAUGCUGCUGUUGGUGUUCCUCCUGUUGUUGUCUCUGCUGGUGCUUGUUCUGUUGGUGUUGACGUUGCUUCUCGUGGUGUUGCUCCUGAUGCUGAUGCUGGCGAAGAUGUUCGUGCCGUUUCUUCUGUUGCUGUUGUUGACGAUUCUCUUGGUGGUGAUGUUGAAGCUCUUGGUGUUGGUGAUGACGCUGUUCGUGGUGAUGAUGACGCCGUUCUUGGUGAUGACGAUGCCGUUCUUGGUGACGAUGACGCUUUUGGUGAUGAUGAUGCCGUUCUUGGAGACGAUGACGCUUUUGCUGCUGGUGCUGAUGAUGUCGCUUUUGCUGCUGGUGAUAACUCUGGUGCUCUUGCUCGUGAUGACGACGCUGUUGGUGUUGGUGCUGAUGAUGCCGUUCUUGGUGACGAUGACGCUUUUGCUGCUGGUGCUGAUGAUGUCGCUUUUGCUGCUGGUGAUGACGCUGGUGCUCGUGCUGAUGAUGCCGUUCUUGGUGACGAUGACGCUUUUGCUGCUGGUGCUGAUGAUGUCGCUGUUGCCGUUGGUGAUGAAGAUGAAGCCGUUGCUUUUGGUGGAGAAGAUAUUGAUGACAUUGAUCUCCUCUGUGUCUUGUUCCGGUACUUGACUACCGAUGACCCAUUCGAUGAAGACACACACAUGGCACCUCCCAUCGAUCGCCGCUAUGUGGAGCCCAUUGAUGUGAUGGAAGUCGAUGACGACUUGCUUUCGGUGAUGUCGGUCCGUUUGGACUCCUCUCCAUUCCUUUACAAUGACGAUAUUGACGAUCCUAUUGAGAUCGAUAUGCCAUCUCCUGAACUUCCUCCUCAACCCGCAACACCUCCUCAAUCACCUCCACCAUCACCAACGCCCGCCCAUAUCGAGGUUGAUACAACAGUCCUUUCUCCCAUUGUCACUCCUUCCGCUGUCACCACUACCACCAUGCCUACCGCUACUACUACCACCAUGCCUAUCACUACCACUACCACUGAUACCGCCACUGCCACCACCACCAAUACUACCGCUACUAUGACCGUCACCAUUCCUUCACCUGUUCCUGUCACCACCACUAUGUCUCCUACAAUUAUCGCCACCUCUAUGCCAUCUCCUAUUCUUGCCGCCACAACUAUGCCUAUUACAACACCUGCCACCAUUAAUUCCGCAACACCUUCACCAACACUUACCGCUGCUCCUAUCGCCAUCCCUAUGCCAACCACAUCUCCUAUCGCUACAACUAUGUCAUCUCCUAUUCUUGCCGCCACCACUAUGCCUACAACUACUCUUGCCACCAUUAAUUCCGCCACCCCUUCACCAUAUCUUACCGCUGCCACCACCACCAACAUCCGCAACACCACACCCUCAUCAUCACCACGUCCGCAAUCACCUGGUGAACAACAACAAAGCCAGCAAGAGCAGCAAUUGGCAUGGGCUGAAUUUGCUGCUUGGCUUGCAGUAGCCACUGAGGACUUGGAUUAUGAUCCAGAGCAAGAGGAUGAUGAUGAGGAGGAAGACGAUAGCGAUGAUGAUCAAGAUGGCGAUGACACUGAUGAUGACGAUGACGAUGAUGACGAUGGUGAUGACGAUGACGAUGAUGAAGAUGGCGAUGACAGUGGUGACGACUAUGGCUACGACUACUACUACGGCGAUGAAGACGACGAUGGCUAUGGCUAUGUUUUUGACGACCACGACAACGAUGAAGACCAGUAUGUCUAUGAAGAAUACGAGGCCUUCUAG